GCGGCCCAUUGUGUUGAUCUGCUGCGAAGCUUCUUGAAAUUAAUGUAAAAUAAACAAUAAAUUAUCGAUGCGAAGUACCCUAAUAUAUUUAAAUAUCGCAUUUAGCUGUUACGGAGCGGUGGCUACAAUAUGCCUUGUUGGACGCCCAAAAUUUCAGUUUGGAUUAAAAACUUAUUUCAGUGUAGGUAACAUGCUAGCCUUUGAGCUAGGUUAGCUAACGGUAGCAUAGAUUAAAUACCCGUCCUGCUCUAAAAUAAAGAUCACUUUUCUUCAAAUUGAAGCAAUGUUGGGGUUUCUGACAGCAAGGCAGGCUGGGCUGGAUGACCCUCUGCGUCUGAGACGUGCAGAGUCAACAAGAAGGGUCCUCAGUCUGAAGUUGAAUCCUGACAGAGACGUGGACAGGAUCCAUGGAAAUGGCAUCAACACCAUUGACAUUGAAGCAAUAGAGGGCAGAUAUAUGUUGUCUGGUGGAGCAGAUGGAGUGAUCGUCAUCUAUGACCUGGAGAACUGCAAUGGAAAACCACAGUACACUUGCAAGGCAGUUUGCACAGUAGGCAGGUCCAGUCGGUAUGUCCACAAAUUCAGUGUCGAGACAGUCCAGUGGUAUCCUUAUGACACAGGCAUGUUUGUCUCCAGUUCCUUUGACAAGACCAUGAAAGUCUGGGACACUGAGACACUGAAGCCUGCUGAAGUCUUUGAGUUUGAGGGCAAUGUCUACAGCCACCACCUGUCCCCCAUCGCCAGGAAGCACAGUCUCAUUGCAGUUGGCACCAAAAACCCUAAAAUCCAGCUGUGUGACCUGAAGUCUGGUUCACGGAUUCAUGUUCUUCAGGGUCACAGAGCAGAGGUCCUGUCUGUGCAGUGGUCGCCCAGAUACGAGCACAUCUUAGCCACUGCUAGUGCAGACAGCAAAGUGAAAGUAUGGGAUGUGCGUCGGGCUUCUGGGUGUCUUUUCACUCUGGACCAGCACAAUGGAGACAAGUCAAAAGCGUCCUCUGAGGCAGUGAACACAGCUCAUAAUGGCAGAGUGAAUGGCCUGUGCUUUACUGGCGAUGGCCUCUACCUCCUCACUACUGGAACUGAUGACCGUAUGCGACUGUGGAAUAGUGCCACUGGGGAAAACACACUGGUAAAUUACGGGAAGGUCUGCAACGAGAGUCGUAAAAGGCUACAGUUCACAGUGUCACGUGGCUGCAGCCCAGAGUUUGUGUUCGUGCCAUGCGGCAGCUCAGUAGCGAUGUAUGCCCUCCACACAGGAGAGCUGGUCACUAUGCUCAGGGGUCACUACAACAAUGUCGACUGCUGCGAAUUCCACCCAGACUACCAGGAGCUGUAUAGUGGAGGUAAAGACUGUAACAUCCUGGCGUGGGUUCCUGUCCUUCGUGCCUCAGAUGUAGAAGAAGAGUCAAACAUUGCAAAUAAGGGUGCUGCUGGCCAGUCUUCAGUGAACCCUGCCUUACAAGAUGCAUGGAGCAGUGAUGAAGAUUAAUGCUGGUGUUUUUCUAUGUGUGGACAAAGUAGACGUGCAGGUGUCUGACCAUGCAAAUGAGCACACAUCCUUCACGGCCAACUUGUCAAAAAAUGAUAGAUGAUAAUUAUGGGCUUAGGGAAAUGUCUCCUGUUACAUCAUUGCAGACAAAGAUAAAGGCCUUAAAAUGAAAAUCAAAUGUGUAAAUAAUCAUACGACUUUAUAAAUAUGCACAAUGUUAUGAAUAAUGUUUGUUUUUGUACAUUUGAUAUAGCAUUGUUAUUGUAGCAUUUUCUUUUUAAUGUAAAGCCAGCAUGGUCCUUGGUAUGCAUAGCAAAUUUCAUGUUACUAAAGUCCUGUUGCAAACCAAUUUAGUAUUUUCAAUAAUUCAUUGUAGUCAUGUCUGCCAUUGUUUGUGCAAAUUCAAUAUUGACUGUUUAAAGAUGUUGACACUAUAUUUAUGUAAGGUUUUGGUUAAAGGGACAUUAAAGGGCUCAGAGAGAGAGAGAUUAGUAAGCUUUUUAAACAGGUGUGGUUUCAGUGUGUGUGUGUGUGUGUGUUUCUGCAGCAGAGUUGAGAAGAGACUGCCCAUAAUUCUCACAUGGGACUAACUGGGCAUUCAGAAACACACAUUGUCUUGUUGUCAUUCCUGGCAUACUUUGCAUUUGUUUGUAAGUUCUGCUGUCAGCACUUGCUGAAACUAUCAGCAAGGAGUGAUACUGAAACCUUUCUCUCUGCCCUACCCCCCUUCACAGUUUUAUAUAUUGGCUUUAUUAUCAUGGACACCUGGAACCCAAAUGACCCCCCCACACACACACACACAACAAAAACACAGUACAGUGAUCAACAUUGUUGUCCUUUUGAAAUAAACCAUUAUUUCUUGCAUAUCAAUCCAGUGAUAUUGAAUAUGAAAACACUAUUUGUAUCCAGGAUACUGUUUCUAUCAUCAUAUAAAGUCAACUCUCUUUUCCCAGACUACCUGAAGUGGCUUAAAUUGUACAGUUAUUAAUUUGUCUGUCUCUUGUCUUACAAUAAAAGCACUGGGAAUGCUGCCUUA